GGGCGGCCCCGUGUGUGAGUGCGCGGAGCUCCCAAGCAGCUAGACGCGGCAGGCGCCAUUUCAGGGAGCAGUCGCCGCUGCUACCAGAGUUGGCCGGGAGCGGCCUUUAGUAUCCGGGCCCCCCAUCCCCUUUUCUGAGGGACUCGCUGCCGCUGGGCCUAUCCCCGUCCUUAGCGCCGCCGGAUCCCGGGCACCUGAGCAAGAAGCGUAAUCCACAGCAGCGCAGGUGUCUUGAAAAAAUGGCUGACGAUAUUGAUAUUGAAGCAAUGCUUGAGGCUCCUUACAAGAAGACUUGCCUAACGAUAUCUCACCUCUACUCCCAUGAAUUCACCUUUGAUUCCAGUGUGAACUGUCAAUCAUAAGGUAUGGAAAUAGGGAAUGUUUAGGCUGGACUGGUGGAUUUUUGAUGACUUUCUUGGGAGUCGACGUUACUAAAGCAGUGUGAAUCCCUGUUUGCUUCAGGGCGAGAUGUGUGACAGAGGUGGCAUCAAGCUCUUACAACCCUCCAACGAAAAUGAGCGAAGAUCUCAGGAAUGGCAUCGGUCACAAGAAAUCGAUAGUGGCUGGCUGCUAGCAUGGCCACUUGGGGCUUAGGCAGAGAUAUAGCCUUGGUACUGAUCAAAGGGAUCAUAGCACAUGAAAAAUGCUUAAACCUGAAACUUCCUCUUACAUUUUAUAGAAAUAACAUUUAACCACUUGAGUGCUGAAAUCUACAGGAUAAUUUACUAUCUAAAUCAUGAUGAGAACAAAUUGAGCAGUGCCAAUGGCCAUGAAGAGCGCAGCAAGAAGUAAAAAAAAGAGCAAGAGCAGAAGUCGCAGUCAUGAGAGGAAGAGGAGCAAAAGUAAAGAGCGCAAACGAAGCCGUGAUCGUGAGAGGAAAAAGAGCAAAAGCCGGGAGAGGAAACGCAGCAAAAGCAAAGAACGCAGACGUAGUCGCUCUAGAAGUAGAGAACGUAGAUUCAGAGGCCGCUAUAGAAGCCCAUAUUCUGGUCCAAAAUUCAACAGUGCUAUCAGAGGGAAGAUUGGUCUGCCUCACAGCAUCAAAUUAAGCAGACGGCGCUCCAGAAGCAAAAGUCCAUUCAGAAAAGACAAGAGCCCUGUUAGAGAGCCAAUUGAUAAUUUGACCCCUGAAGAGAGAGAUGCUCGAACAGUGUUCUGUAUGCAGUUGGCUGCAAGAAUUAGGCCAAGAGACUUGGAAGAAUUUUUCUCUACUGUAGGAAAGGUUCGUGAUGUGCGGAUGAUCUCUGAUAGAAAUUCAAGACGUUCCAAGGGAAUUGCUUAUGUAGAAUUUGUUGAUGUUAGUUCAGUGCCUCUUGCAAUAGGACUAACUGGACAGCGUGUUCUGGGAGUACCAAUCAUAGUACAAGCAUCGCAAGCAGAGAAAAACAGAGCAGCAGCAAUGGCCAAUAACCUACAGAAAGGCAGUGCUGGGCCCAUGAGACUGUAUGUAGGAUCAUUACACUUCAACAUAACUGAAGAUAUGCUUCGUGGAAUCUUUGAACCAUUUGGUCGGAUUGAAAGCAUUCAACUGAUGAUGGAUAGUGAAACUGGACGCUCCAAAGGAUAUGGAUUUAUUACGUUCUCAGAUUCAGAGUGUGCCAAAAAAGCCUUGGAACAACUAAAUGGAUUUGAGCUAGCUGGCAGGCCAAUGAAAGUAGGUCAUGUAACAGAACGCACUGAUGCUUCCAGUGCUAGUUCAUUUUUGGACAGUGAUGAACUGGAAAGGACUGGAAUUGACUUGGGAACAACUGGUCGUCUACAGUUGAUGGCAAGACUUGCAGAGGGUACUGGUUUGCAGAUUCCCCCAGCUGCACAACAGGCUCUGCAGAUGAGUGGAUCUUUAGCAUUUGGUGCUGUGGCAGAUUUGCAAACCAGACUUACCCAGCAGAAUGAAGUCUUGGCUGCAGCUGCUUCUGUACAACCACUUGCAACACAAUGCUUCCAGCUUUCCAAUAUGUUUAACCCUCAAACUGAAGAAGAAGCUGGCUGGGAUACAGAAAUUAAGGAUGAUGUUAUUGAGGAAUGUAACAAACAUGGAGGAGUUAUCCACAUUUAUGUAGACAAAAAUUCAGCUCAGGGCAAUGUGUACGUCAAAUGCCCUUCAAUCGCUGCUGCCAUUGCAGCUGUCAAUGCAUUGCAUGGAAGGUGGUUUGCAGGUAAAAUGAUUACAGCAGCGUAUGUACCUCUUCCAACAUACCACAAUCUUUUUCCUGAUUCCAUGACUGCGACCCAGCUACUGGUUCCUGUUCGACGAUGAAGAUGGAUUUCAUCAUUUUUGUAUAUAACUAUUUUUUGGAGGAAAAUUGAGUUAUCUUUUAUUUAGAUAAAACUAAAGGAAAGGGUUUAAUGUCAUUUUGUGUACACUUCCCGUUACCUUUAAAAAAUAUAAACUGAGUAAGCAGGAAUGCAGUGUGCUCAUUCUCCCUAACUAGCAUUCCCACUGUGUACAAAGCUGUUGACUUAUUGUUCUGCCUUGUAAUUCUUGUACAUUUACUAAGGUGUUCUGUAGGAACCGAGAAGUAGCUCAUAGAAACGAAUUUUCUGUAAAAGGCAGAUGGGACAUAAUGACAUUUUUAAUGUUUCACAAGCCUUUCUUUUAAUGCAGUAAUUACAUUUUACAUUUCACUAAAUAUAGGUGCUCUGUUAAAGGUCAAUAUCCGAUAGAAUUUAUGAAGGGACAUAUUUAGUGUUUUGUAUAAAUGGAGAAUUCAAAAGGCUACCGAAGGAGCUGGUUUUGGUCAGCUACACAGCUUGUUUUAUGCUGAACAGUUGAUAAGAAUGGGAGGAUUCAAGCGUUUUAUUUCUUGAUGGCAACUUUUGAUUGAUGUAUCUGUAAAAGUUUCUUUGUAAAUACUGUGUGAGGUGUGUCUAGGGUUCCAAACAAAACACUCCCUGCAUUUCCAGAGAAAAGUUGAAUUGAAUACAGGUAGUGUGCACAGUUUAAUGAUACUCAGCAAAGCCUAAGAAUAAGUAGAAAAUGCAGAAAUAUGUUUUGUCUGGUUGCAUAUAAUCUUUGCUCUUUUUAAGCUCUGUGAGCUCUGAAAUAUAUUUUUGGGUUACUUCAGUGUGUUUGACAAGACAGCUUGAUAUUUCUAUCAAACAAAUGACUUUCAUAUUGCAACAAUCUUUGUAAGAACCACUCAAAAAUAAAAUUCUCUUAAAAAGGCCUCCAGAA